AUGAAUGAAGGAAUUUUCAAUGAUUUCAAUGAAAAAGAACAGGUGUUCGAAUUUACUAAAGGGAAUUAAACAUUCAUCAGAGACAUGGGAACAGUUACCGAUUAUAAAGUAAAGAAUUAAGGAACAACUACUAAAAAGGAAUGUGAGGAUUUUGAACAAUAAAUAGACUAAAACGAAUUAUAAUAAACAAAAGGAAAGCUAUAUAUAAUGCAAUUUGAUUAAAAUAAAUUGGCUCAAUUCUUAAAAAGAGUUGUGCCAACAGUUAUAAAAGAAUUAGAUGAAUCAUUAAAUUUGAAAAAAUACCAUAGUUACAAACCAAUAUCUGAUGUCUAGAAGAAGGAAACGGAAUUAGUUUACAUUCUAAAAAAUGCUUAAAAUAAAUCUGUAGAGUUGGAAAAGAAAUUAGAAAUUACCGAUAUACAAUGGAAUUCCAAUGGAUUGAUGAUAGCUGCAUCUUAUGGUUGUUUAGAACAUAUGGGUUAAUGCUCCCAUACGUCUUACAUUAAUUGCUGGAACAUUUUCAAAAGAGAUUUCAAACCCGACAAGCCAACCACAGUAAUAGAGACUAAUACUUGCAAUAUGUGCAUGCAGUUCCAUCCAACUAAACCGAAUAUUUUAGCAGUUGGAAGUUUUAAUGGAGAAUUGUAUCUUUAUGACGUUUCUACAAAUUCGGAAUUGGCUCAUUCCACUAUUGAUGAGUAUUAUCACAGAGAAAGCAUAACUGCUGUCCUUUGGUUAUAAGAUGAGUCAAUCAUGACAUUGGGUUGUGAAGGCAAAGUAUUGAUAUGGAAUCCAGAAAGGGGAAAUGGUGAGUUUAGUUUGCAGAACCCAUUGAAAGGGUGUUAUUUGGUUAGAAAGAAGGAGUCUCAAACCGAAAGUGUAGGAGGAGUUUGUAUUUCAUAAUCUAAUGAGGAUCCUUUUUCUUUUAUAGUUGGGAGUGAAGGAGGUUCUGUUUUGAGGGCCUAGGUUACUCCCAUCAAUUAUACAAUGACUAAAUAGGCAUAUUUAGAUUCUAGGGACAAAGGACUUAUAUGGAAGGAGGAGACCAUUUUAUUUAUGUAGAAUUUAAAUUAAAAAUGUUUACCAGAAAUUAGAUUGCAUGUGGAAAGUUAUUGCAAAGAACGAAAAAUAAACAAUAUAUUCAUCCAAUAACUUGUCAAUUCGAAACCUGAUAUAAGGAAAAUGUAUGCCAAUCCUAUUAAUUAUGCCUAUGAAGCUCAUUACGGAACAGUUUAUUCAAUUAAUUUUUCCCCAUUUGUGAAAUCUGCUUUCAUUACUGCUUCAAUGGAUGGACAAAUUAGAUUAUAUCUACAAAAUACAGCUCGAUGUUUGGCUGUCUAUGAAUACAUUUAAACAUACAUUUUAUCAGCUUAGUUUUCUCCAACUAGACCUUGUGUAUUUGCAGCGUGUGAUAGUUUGGGAUAAAUUUUGAUCUUUGAUCUAACUUAAGAUACGCAGUAAUAGGUAGUGACACUUAAAAAUGACGGGUAGAGUGCUUCUUGUAUAAGGUUCAAUUAAAGACAGUAAGACUUAUUGGCUUGCUCAUAUCAAGGGUGUGAGGUGAGAAUCUUUUAAUUAAAUGAUGAAUUAACAUAACCAAAAGAGAAUGAAUUGAAAGAGCUUUAAUAAUUAUUAAGUUGA